AUGACACAAACAAAGAAAGCAAGGCUGACCAUUGCCGCUGUUGCCGUCGCUCUCGGUCCACGGGGGUUGAACCGAUCCGCCACGAUGCUGCACCAGCGGAAAGGGCUUGCUCAAAGGCAGGCGUCGCAGAGCUUUAGGCGAUUCUCGUUGACACAGACAAAGCACGCGCGUGCAGUUGUACAAGGCUCUAGUCUGUGCCUUCGCCUUUUUCACUACAUUGGCGCAUUGGAAGUCCGUCCUGGAGGGACGGGAGCAGCUCUUCGACGUCUCAACCAUCUGAGCUGGUCUAAUCCCCCGGAGGCCAUAAUUCAGGACCUCGACGAGGCCCACGCUGACAUACUCAAAAUAAAAGAGUCAACAGGCAUUGUUGGCCUGUCUGCCGCUGUUGUGCUCAAGGAGAGGGUCUUGUGGAGGGCGAACAUUGGGCGCAUGGGCGGGGUGAAACGAGAAGUGCCCGUGGAUUCCGACACCGUCUUCCCUCUCGGUGCCCUGAGCCAAGGCUUUACUGCAGCUUGCGUAGCUCAGCAGGUGUACCGGAGAGGGCUGAGCUUUGACGACAAAGUUUCGGCCCAUCUGCCUGCUGUUGCCGACAAGCACGCAACAAUCGGCGAUCUACUCGGCCAUCGUACAGGACUCCAAGCGCCUGACCACUUGCUGCAUUUAGAUGACGGUGGCCUGUUUAACGACCGGCUCGCAGACGCCAUCCGGGCUUUCAACUCCCUAAAGCCUCUGGCAAGUGGACGGCCCCGAUUCCUACAUAACAGCCUCGGUUACGCCCUCCUGGGGGCCGUCGUGGAUCCUAGCUACCACAACUACCUGCAGAAGAAUGUCCUGGAUCCCCUCCAGAUGACCAAUACCAGGAUGUCGACAUACGCGAGGUACGAUCAUGGGAACACGACCAGAAGAUUCAGUGCUCUGGAUCAUUCUCGAGUGUGUACAUAUGACCCGAGCGAGUUCAGUUUCAACUCGGACGUGGAGGAUGCCUCGGUCGCUGUCGGAGGCAUGAGCAGCAGCUCAAAUGACAUGGCCAAGUAUUGCAUCGGCCUCAACGAGGCCUGGAGGCGCCGGGGGCCUGCAGGCAAUGCGAGGGCUCAGAAGAUCAGACGCGCGCAAGUCUUCCCCGAUGUUGAUUUGCUCUUCGACCCGCUGCAGUCAAUGGGGGACGAUGCGCCUGAUGGAACGGCCAAGAAGAGUCACGCUGCCGGCUGGAUGACGUGCACUCUGCCAGCUGCGCUUGGCGAUCUCGGAAUCAACGCGCAGCUGAUGGAAAUGCCCAUACUCGGAUCAGGCUGUGCCCCGGUCACGGUCGUAUGGAAUCAGAGCAGGUACCACGGCACCAACGCCUUUGUCGCCCUGCUGCCGGAAUGCGAGGCCGCAGUCAUCGUGCUGAGCAACACAAUGACUGCAAACGACGGCGUCGACUGGAUUGGGCAACUACUGAUCCAGACACUACUAGACCAUCCGUACCCCAACAACUAUCCCCUGCUCGCCUCAGUGAGCGCCGAAACCGCGAGGCUGAGGUAUGAUGAAGUCGGCGCAAGAAUAGCCCUCUCCAAAAGACCCGGAGGGCCCCCGAGGCCCCUCAGCCAGUACUGCGGAUGCUACAAGUGCUAUUUCCCGCCGUACUUUAUGCGGGUAACGCGGCCCAGAAUGCGGGACAGGGUGAGGUUCAAGAAGUGUCUCAGGAUCGAUCUUCGAGAAAUCGAUGGAUUCCCACUGCAACACCUCUACGAGGAUACAUUCACAUGGUUCCUGCCUUGGGAUCAACGGGUCAAGGCAAGACUCAAACUCGACUAUCGCCCCGAUUACUACCUCAUGAGGUUCCAGCCAAGAGAGGAUGGUAGCGAUAUAGAGUCGCUGGUGUGGAUCAACGAUCCAGCAAAGCCCGAGGGGCACGUCUUCCCUCGCAUCAGCCGCUCGGCCUCGUAUCCGUACUGGCGGUGCUGA